AUGAUGGAGCCUGAAGCCAGAAGAGGAGAAAAGCCCACCUAUAGGAAGCCAUAUCCGGCUUAUAUCGAUCAAAUAUCUCUAUCCCCGGGUUUUAAGGUGUCAAACUUCACCUUAUUCAACGGAGAGGAUCCCCAUGCUUCAUCAGUUGAGCACAUAGGCAGGUUCUCUGUCCAAUGCAUAGCCAUAGAGAACAAUCAUCUUUUGAAGUUGAGGCUUUUCGGGAAUUCUCUCUUUGGACAAGCUUUUACUUGGUACACCAACCUGCCAGCUAAUUCUGUUCAAACCUGGGAGCAAAUGGAAAGUGUUUUUCACGACUAUUAUUACAGGAUUCAGCCAGAAGUCACCAUCAGUGACCUUGCUGCCCUUAAGCAGAGUGAAGAUGAACCUGCUCAAGACUUUAUAACCAGGUUCAGGAAGCCCAAAAUGAAGUGCCAGAUCCCUAUGGAAGAAAGACACUUCUUCCAAAUGGCUCAGGCUGCCCUCAAGAUCUCUCUGAGAAAAAGAUUUGAUGGGAUGCUGUUUGGAGACCUGGCAGAACUGGUAGAUAAAGCAUCCAAGUAUGAGGAACUGCUUAGGGAAGAACAACAGAAGAGGAACUCAUCCAAAGGCACGUAUUACAAGUCACCUUCCUCUUCAAUACAUCUGGUUCAGGUAGAAUCAGAAGAGAAAGCAGAAUGCUCAGAGGAGGGAGAAGUUGCAGUAGCAGAAAUGGCAAAAUUGAAACAUCCCAUCAGCUGCAAGGCCCUUACUAAGCCACCGAAGGAUCAGAAGCUGCCACCUUUCACAGGAGGUUUUGUUCCGAGCAAACCAACACAGAACAGGGUUUAUUCUUUUGAUCUAACCAAGGUGGAUGCUUUAUUUGAUGAAAUGUUGCUGCAAAAGGCAAUAAAGACACCCCACAGGAUCCCCAAACCAGAAGAGCUCAAGGGCAGGCAGUAUUGCAGGUGGCGCAACUCUUAG